AUGAAUGGGUUCGUGCUAGCAAAGAAGAUUCUAAGAACUGGGUAUUACUGGAUGACCAUGGAGAAUGAUUGUAGCAAGUUCGUCCAGAAAUGCCACAAGUGUCAGAUUCAUGGAGACUUGAUAAAGAUUCCUCGGAUAGAACUGAAUGCUAUGACGUCACCUUGGCCACAAAUGAAUGAGGUUGUGGAAGCCGCCAAUGAAAAAAUCAAGAAGAUUCUGAGGAAGAUGAUUGAUAACUAUAAAGAUUGGAAUUCAACUGGGGCCUCUCCGUACCUGUUGGUGUAUGGAACUGAAGCAGUGAUACCAGCCGAAGUAGAAAUUCCUUCACUUCGAAUAAUACAAGUAGCUGAGUUGGACGAUGCAGAAUGGAUCCGUAAGAGGUAUGAGCAACUUGCUUUGAUAGAUGAAAAGCGAAUGAUUGUUGUUUGUCAUGGUCAAUUGUACCAACAAAGGAUGGCGCCAGCUUUUAACAAGCAUGGUAACAAUAGUGAGCCAAGUGAAGAAGAAGUGGCAAGGAGUAACGGCGCAAAAGAGUGUAUGAAAGAGUAA